UUGACCACCCAGCACCGACACAGCGUGCGGGAGGCGAACCAUGUGGGGGACCGUUGCUGGCAUUGCGGGGAAGGGGGCCGGGUUUGCUGGCCAGGGGCUGUCGAAAGCCGUUGAAGCCGCGUCGUACGUGGGAGAGGUGAUUGCUCCUAUUCCACAAGAAGACCCCUGCCAUCAACACGACGACGACGAGGAAGAGGAAGAGGAAGAGGAAGAGGAGGAGGUGGCAUUCUCCCCGCCACGGUCACCACCGGCGUCAGGCAACACGAAGAAGCAGCAACACAAACAGCAACAACACCAAAGAGGGGAGGAUUCGGCGGAGCUGACGACGACGGCCUCUGCGGUUGGGGCUGGCCGUGGCGACUCCCAUCAUCACGCCGUCGGGCCACGGAGAUUUGCGGCGGGCUUAGCGGAGGCGACGAGACAACAAAGCCCGACGGAGGGUGGCGGGGGGGAGGGCGGCGAGAGCGACGGGGAGGUCGCUCCUUUCUUCUUGCAAGAAGCGGGGGGUGCCGACAGCAGCAGUGGAUGGGGGGGAGAGAGGGGGGGGGGUGCUGCCGAGGGUGUGGCGUUGAGGUGA